AUGAAAUUCCUCGUAGUUCUCGCCGUAGCCGUGGCUUGCGCCAGCGCUGACGUCUCCCACGUCGUAGGACCAGACUACCAGGUCCCCAUUGUUAGGUCAAGCUUUGAGAGCAGCCCAGACAACAGCGGCUUCCAAUACUCUUUCGAGACCGGAAACGGCAUCGUGAGUCAAGCUGAUGGAAUCGUCAAGAACCCCAACACCGACAACGCCGCUCUUGAAGUUAAGGGAACCGUGAGGUACACCGCCCCAGACGGCACCCCAGUCGAACUUACUUACGUCGCCAACGAGGCAGGAUACCAGCCAGCUGGAAGCCACGUCCCCAAGGCCCCCGAAGCCAUCCUCCGUGCUCAGCAGUACAUCGCUAACCACCUUCCCCUUGUUGCCAAGAAAGUCUGA